GGGGAGUCCGUGGAGACAAUGAGACAAUACAACACCUGAGAAACGAACCCGUGACUCGUCCUGUCGCUGUUAUCGACGUGGCUCACAUUUAUUAUACGUUUUCCUUUUUAUUAUCCGCCGCUUUUCACACCGGACGUGUCCGCGCUCAUGGCCCGAACCCCGGCGGUCCUUCGCCGCCCCUUCCCGUGACUCCUCCGCCGGGACGGAGCCGUGCCGCCGAGUCGCUGUGUCUGAGGAGCGGAGCAACUUUUCCGCGUUGGGCUGCAGUCACCGGCAGCCGGUGCCGUCACAGCGGGAGGAUGAGCGACCACACACGGGGCACUUUAUUCCUCAAACCCGGAGGACGGAGGAGGAUUAUUUACUGCAUCUAUGUGGUGGGAUUCAUGGACUUGUUUGGGGUGAGCAUGAUCAUCCCGCUGCUGAGCCACCACGUGAAGUCUCUCGGAGCCAGUCCCACUGUGGCGGGGAUAGUAGGAUCUACGUACGGGAUCCUACAGUUCUUCUCCAGCACGAUAGUCGGCAGCUGGAGCGACGUGGUGGGACGGCGAGACUCUCUGCUCACCUGUCUGCUGAUCAGUGCAUUUGGCUACAGCCUGCUGGGGACGUCCACCAGCAUCGCGCUGUUUGUCCUCGCACGGAUACCUGUGGGGCUGUUCAAGCACUCCCUGUCCAUCUGCAGAGCCCUGCUCUCUGACCUGGUGUCUGAGUCGGAGCGCCCUCUGGUGAUGGGACACUAUAACGCAGCCUCCAGCGUCGGCUUCAUCCUGGGCCCGGUGGUGGGAGGCUACCUCACGGAGCACGAGGGAGGCUUCUACAUGUCCGCCUUCACGUGUGCGUCCAUCUUCGUCCUUAAUGCAGGACUGGUGUGGAUGCUGCCAUGGGACGAGACACUCAUUCUGUGCAGGGAAACCAACUCCAGCAACGACCCAAUUAACUGUUGUCAUGACAACCACUGUAACAAGUCCGUACAGAACAGAAAGCACACACUGGUGACAGGAGAGACCGGACAGAGGAAGCGUCUCCAGUGGAGGCCGGUGUCCCCGCUGCGGCCCGUCUGGAGACAGUUGACGUCCGUGGGCACCAGGAUACGCGUGGUCUUCUCCUCCGACAUGUGGGACGUCUUCCUGGUGCGCCUCCUCAUGGGCGUCGCCAUCAUGCUUUACUACAGUAACUUCUCUCUGGCCAUGGAGGAGCGCUUCUCGCUCAAGCCAAAGACGACCGGUUACCUGAUCAGCUACAGCAGCCUGUUGGGGGCCCUGGCCGGGUUCCUGGUAGGACCGGUCACUCAGCUCUACAGGAGGAACAUGGCCGUCCUGCUGCUGCACUCCACCAUCCUCACGUGCUCCCUCAUCUUCCUCUACGCCGCCGCGCCCAGCGUCUGGCAGGUGCUGCUCACCUCCACCUUCUUUGCCAUCUCCACCGCCAUCGGACGGACGUGUAUCACGGACCUGGAGCUGCAGAAGGGAGGGGUCCAGGCCAGCGGGACUCUGAUCGGCGCCGGGCAGUCGGUGACGGCCGUGGGCCGCGUCCUGGCUCCCCUCCUCUCUGGACUCGCUCAGGAGUUUAGCCCCUGUGGUCCCCCGAGUCUGGGAGUGGUCCUGGCCUUAGCGGCCGUCGCUCUUCUGCUCGUCAGGAUUCCCAAAUGGGACGAACUUGAAAACACACGGAAAAGUGAAUGAAUUCAAAUGAUCACACAGUGUAAGUCAGAAAAGUAGAGCUGGGUAUUCAAUUUCAACAGUUUUGUAGUGUCUGUCAGACGUCUGGCUGGGUGUCGGACUUCGGUAGAUUCCGAUAGCUUCCCAGCUUCUUCCUCUCUGUCCCAGAAUAGUGAAUAUGUGUCACCCACUAUCACAUUUCCUAAUCUAAUAUAAUCUAAGGAGUUAAUCUUAUCACGUUAGUGAGCCAAUAAGCAUGCAGCAUGCUGUUUGACCAUGAUCCAACAGUGCUCAUGAUUGGCUCUAUCAAGAAGUUAUGAUGAACCUCAUUCCCUUAAGGUGAACAUGAAGACGGGGCUUUGUGUGUGUGUGUGUGUGUGUGUGUGUGUGUGUUCUUGUAUUUGUGAGGACCAUACGGAUUGAGCACAUUUUGGCUGGGCCCCGCAACUUUAAAGGGCUUUUUGGGGGUUAAGACCUGGUUUUAGGGGUAGGGGUAGAAUUGGAUGACUGUUUGUGUGUGUGUGUUGUAUUUGUGUCUUUGUGAGGACCAAAAAAAAUCAUAUUAGCCAUGCAGAGUUAGGACAUUUUGGCUGGUCCUCACUUCUUUAAAGAGCUUUUUUUGGGGGGGUUAAGACCUGGUUUUAGGGUAAGGCUUAAGGUUGGGCACUUGGUUGUGAUGGUUAAGGUAAGGGUAAGGGACUAGGGGAUCCAUUGUGUCUGUGAUGUGUCCUCACAGACAAGAGUGUGAGUGAGUGUCUGUUGUGUUUUGAGAGGCUGGUUCUUGUAAAGUGAAUGAAAGACUGUUGUGAGGAACUUCAGUGCACGAAUAAACGUUAGCGCAGGAAUGAAAACAGAUUUAAAUGAAUUGAGGAAAAAACUCUGAAAUCAAUACCCAGCUCUACAGAGAAGUGCACUCAUUUGCAGGAGGCCAGUAGUGAACGUCUCCCGCUCCAGCAUGUUUACUGUGUGUGGCUUUUACUCACAGAUGUCGUGGAGGUCGUCCUUUCUGUGGGAAAAGGUUCACAAUUCAAUGUGGGAUUAAAGUCAGGACUGAGAUUUGAAUCCGCUUUCCCCCGCUGUUGAAGUUUUAUAACUCUAAUGUCAUUUUAAAAAGCACAACAUCGACCAUGUUCUCUCCAAGUUUACACUGUAGGUCAACUGCACGAUGACCUAAACCAAUGAGUGAAAGUUCCACUUCAGACAUUCACAAAAUGACAUGUUUACGUACAUGUUUGUUUACCUCGGUACAGCAGAGAAGAUUCCUGUGGUGAUGAUGAUGAUGAUGAUGAUGAACAAAUGUGUGUGCUAGUUUUUGCAUUGUUAACUCUUACACUUUAUUUAUCGUAGGAUUUGUUUGAAUUGACUCUCGAGUCUCAGACACUGUGGUCGUUUUAAAGAAUGUGAAGAAGUCGCUGAAACCUUUUAAUCACGAGAAAUAAAUAAAUACCAUUUUGUACGUUU